AUGUCUAUCGUUCUUAUUGGUGCUAACUAUGCCGGUGCUGUUGCCCUUGAGACCAUCUUCAAGGAAAUUAAGGCUACAGGUAAGGAAACUGAGUAUUCCGUUACUGUUGUUUCAAAAUCCACUCACUUCUACGCUAAUCCAUCUUCACCACGUUUAUUUGUAGAGCCAGAACACUUAGAAAAAGUCUUUUUCUCCGUUGAAGAGUACUUAAAGAAGCAUUCGAAUGGAACCAAAUAUGAGUUCAUUCACGCUUCAGUUGACAAGGCCAAUUUCAGCUCCAAGACAUUAGAAUUAUCUGGAGGGAAGAAGUUGAAGUACGAUUACUUAGUCGUUGCAUCUGGUUCUCGUGCUGACAAUCCAGCUUUCAAGUUAGACGGUGACUAUGUUGAAUCUAGAAAUGCUGUUAAACAGUUAAACAAGACAAUUAAAGAUUCAGGAAGCAUCGCCAUUUUAGGAGGUGGGGCCACUGGAGUUGAAACAGCUGCAGAAAUUGCAUACACCUACCCCAAGAAAAAUGUUACCUUAUUCACGGGUACAACUGGUCCUUUGGCUGGGAUUGGUAAGUCAGCCCCUGCCACUUCAAAGUUAGAGGACCUUGGAGUUAAAAUUGUUAACAACAAGAAGUUUAGCUCGAUAGAUACCUCUGAAACUGGUGCUUCUAAUAUUUCAUUUGACGAUGGUUCGACUGAAAAAUUCGACCUCUAUAUUCCAUCCUAUGGAUUAUAUCCUAAUUCAUCGUUCAUCGAUUCUAAAUAUUUAAACGACUCAGGAUAUCUCGUCGUCAAUGAAAACUUAGUCGUCGAGGGUCACCCUGAAGUUAUUGGCUUUGGAGAUAUUGCAUCCAUUACUGAGAAGACCGUUGUUGAUAUCAAACUUCUGCAAACUAAACCAUUCACUCAAACAGUCAAAAAGAAUAUCUUCAAUCAAGAUGUUAGCUUACUUGCCUAUGCGAGAGGAAAAACGACAACUCUUAUUCCAAUCUCCAAGAAGGGAGGUAUUGGGUUGAUGUUUGGCUGGAGUGUCCCUAACUUCCUUGUUAAACUGUUGAAAGCUAAAGAUUUUAUGAUUCCAAAAGCUGGUGAUCAUUUUUCUUAA